AACUGGACAGCUCUCAAGUAUGGGGAUAAGCAAGGUGUUGCAGGGAAGGAAGACUAUUGUCGUAAGUGCAUCCAACAUCCAGCUUCUUUUGAAUGUUUCACUAAUGGAAAUGAUGUAUAAUGAGAUAUGGGUAACACUAAACUUAAAGCCUGCAGGUAAUAAAUGAUGUAUCAUGACGCAGUCAUAAUGUAUUGUAAGACUUUUGUCUCAUAAUCAUUUCAUGGCAAUCCUAACUAAAUACCAGCCAUUUGAAAUGUUGAUACAUAGACAUAACAUAUUAUAAUCGUUAUUGUAAGACAUUACAAAGGCUCAUAAAUGCUUAAUAACAAGUUAUAAAACAUACCAGCAGGCUUUAAGUAGCUUAAGUGUUACCGAGAUAGGAAAUGCAUAAGAUUGAUUGGAUUUAUGGGAAAGGGGUGUAAUUGUACUUUAUAAUGCAUACAAAGAAACUACUCUUGUAAUAAUACUUAUACUACUCAUGAAAUGCACUACAAAAAAAUGCUCAUGACAGUCAAAAGCAUACUCAUGUAAGGCAUAUGAAGGGUCAUUGUUUGGGAAAGUUGGUUUGUUCAGUUGGACUGGUAGCUUUACCAUUACAGAUGUGUGCCUAUUGUGUAUCGCCCACUCCACCUGCCCAGUGUAUUUGUGUGCUUUGCUAAUUUUUUAUGAUAUGUUUUCCACAGUUACCCUACAGUUUUUUUGGUAACACUUUACAAUAAGGUUCCAUUUGUAAAGGGUUUAUAAAGGGGUUAUAACGGUUAUUUAAUAAUUUGUAAAUGCCUUAUAAACCAUUAAUAAACGGUUAUAUCGCAUUGGCCAAAAUAGUGCUAUAACAAUAUUUACCUCCAGUUAUUAACCAUUUAUAAAUGCACUUAUAAAUGCUUAUAAGAUUAACCUUUAUGUAUCAUCAUGCAACCUUAUUUUCAAUGGCUGCACAGUUGAACAAUAGUUAUUUUCUCACUUUUGGGUGUGAUGCAUUGUUGCUCUGUCCCAGGAACAGAAGAGGUUGGUUUUUAUGAUGUGUCUUGACCGACCUUUGAAACCCUGAUGCCCUGGCCAAAUUUACAUCCAGGACAUUAUUCAAUCAUCAUUACCCCUUAACAGAUUACCAGAUUAUAUCAACACACACCACUUCUCUGUGAUAGUCCAAGUAUGGUGAACACUGUGGUGUGAAAUGGUGGGUCUUCAUACCCACCGUUCAUUGACUGAACAUGUUUAACAAAGUGUUGAAUCUUCUCUCAUGUAUAUCGUGAUGAGUACCCAAUACUGCCUAUAAGUAUGUCUAGCCUCUGCCUGAACUCUCAAAUCAUCUAUAAAUGAUUUACCCAUAUGAAUAACUGCUAAAAGUAUACCUUAUUUUAAAGUGACAGACUAUAACCUAUAAACAUUUAUAACUGAGUUAUCAACAUUUAUAACUGCAAAAGAUAUCUUUUUUUUUUGAAUGACAGACCUGUAAACAUUUAUAACUGAGUUAUCAACGUUUAUAACUGCUAAAAUGAUAACUUAGUUUAAAGUGGCUAUCCACUGACCAUUAACAAAUGAGUUAUCAACAUGUAUAACUGCUGAAAAUAUACAUUUAAAGGUGCAAUAUGCAGAAUUGCUCCGUCAUUUCCUGAUUGCUAAAAUUUUAAUAGUUUGCCUAAUUUCAGUUUAUGUAACAAAACAAGCAGUCAUUUUGUAGAGAACCAUUGCACCAUCUAAACCGCUGUGAAAUAUAUUUUCCAUAACCAAAAAUAUUGUAUUUUCAGCUGUUCGAAGCUGGUGUAUAAAACCGAAAGUAAAAGACGGAAAAAUGAAACGUAAGAACAGGAAGCAUUGAAAUAGCAGACAUAAAACAGAUCUACCACUUCUUAGAUUUGCUUUCAAUGAGAAUGACAGAUCUAUAACCUUCAAAGAAAGUGGAAAACUUCUGGCCAUUUAUUAAUGUUAAGUUACAAACAUUUACUCCUGAGUGGCGCAGUGGUCUAAGGCACUGCAUCGCAGUGCUAACUGUGCCACUAGAGAUCCUGGUUCAAAUCCAGGCUCUGUUGCAGCCGGCCGCGACCAGGAGACUCAUGGGCGGCGCACAAUUGGCCCAGCGUCGUCCAGGGUAGGGGAGGGAAUGGCCGGCAGGGAUGUAGCUCAGUUGAUAGAGCAUGGCGUUUGCAAUGCCAGGGUUGUGGGUUCGAUUCCCACGGGGGGCCAGUAUAAAAAAAAAAUAUAUGUAUUCACUAACUGUACGUCGCUCUGGAUAAGAGCGUCUGCUAAAUGACUAAAAUGUAAAUGGAUUUAUAACAGUAUAUAGAGUAGUCUCCUCAAACAUGCAAUACAUAGUAAGAACAAUUUUAAUUGCAGUGACUCAAAUCUCUAGCCUAUAGUGAGUAGCCUAGCUAAUUCAGAUAAACAGGGGUGUCUUUUUCUAGCCUUUUUAACAAUAAAAAUCAGAAUAGAAAUUGACAACAGAUUAACUAUUGAAAAUACAACAUAGGGUCUCGUGGUCCCCUUCUGUGUCUUCAUCCGUUUCUUUCUUGUUAAGUAUUUUCCCAUCCUGGAGUCUGAGACCUUAUGGGAAUGUGUGGGAGAGAAGAGGAAUUUAUGACAAUUUAGCAUUGACAGUACGGUAGCUACAUUACUCUACUAUAGCGGUUCCCAAACUAGGGGUCACUACCCGAUGUGGGGUCGCCUGAUAUGAAAAUAGGGUCAUGGGAAAAUCCUGGUAAAAUAUACAGUAUAUAUUUUUUUUAUUAAUAAUAUUAUAAAAUAGUCUUUGUCUCUCUAAAUCAUUGUAAUGUGGUUAACCUUAAAAAUCUAAAUGACAAUUAAUUAAAUCUAAAAGUAAAAAUUCAACCAGAGAGCACCCUUAAAUCGUGGGAAAAGGCCACACUUGACCAUUGUUCUUGAACCAUUUCCACAGUGAAUGGCUAAGCCUGCUACGCUAUGAAACCACACACUAUUGAGGGGACUUUGAUAUUACUGGCUGCAAUUGAUAUGAUGAAAACAAUGUGUGGGGACGCAGAGGCACAGAAACUCCCAUCAAUACCUUUGCCAGAUAACACUGUGAAACUAAGAAUUGAUGCUAUAGCUAGCAAUUAGGAGGAAACUGAAUGAACAACUCAAAAACUCCCCACCUUAUGCUCUCCAAAUGGACGUUAGCUGUGAGGGCCGAGAUGACCAUUCAUUGACUUUUGUUCGCUACAUGUCGGGGGAUGCUACUCACGAAGACAUAUUGUUCUGUUUCACAAUUCCUGAGCAUGAAACAGCACAGGGGAUGUUCAGUGUGCUGCGUGGCUAUAUUGACAAAAAACAGAUUCCAUGGGAUUUGUAGGGCCUUCCUCUGACACCGGCUGGUAUAGAGGUCCUGGAUGGCAGGAAGCUUGGCCCCAGUGAUGUACUGGGCCGUACACACUACCCUCUGUAGUGCCUUGCGGUCGGAGGCCGAGCAGUUGCCAUACCAGGCGGUGAUGCAACCAGUCAGGAUGCUCUCGAUGGUGCAGCUGUACAACUUUUUGAGGAUCUGAGGACCCAUGCCAAAUCUUUUCAGUCUCUUGAGGUGGAAUAGGUGUCAUCCAGCAGAAUUUCUGUAUUCUAAAGUUAAACAAAUUGCAUAGAGAAUUUACCUUUUCUCCUCUAUCAACAUUUUCUCUCUGUCUCUUUCGCGCAAUCUCUUCUAUCUGGACUUUGCACACUUCCAUCACGUCCAUCAUGAUUCUUUAUUACACACUGUCACAUGAUGUCAGUGUCAACACAACAUUCUGGACACGUUCCAGGUCAUCUUUAUUUCAAGCACGUUUCACAGAUGGGCAGAUCUCACAAAGUAGGGGACAUUUUUCAGAUACCAGCGAACCAAUAAUAUGGCUUGGGAUCUUCAGAUGAGGCCUCUUCAGAUGAGGCCUUAAAUAAGUGUACCAAUGCAUCAUCAGGGUUUCAAACGCGGGGAAAGAUACAUCAUGGGAGUUGACCAUUCGUCUGAAAACCAACCAUUUCUGUUCAUGGGACAGAGCAACAAUGCAUCACACCAAAAGUGAAAAAAUGACUAUAGUUUAACUGUGCAACCAUUGAAAAUAAGGUUGCAUGAUGAUACAUAAGGGUUCAAUAUUAUAUGCAUUUGUAAGUGCAUUUUUAAAUGGUUAAUAGCUGGAGGUAAAUAGUGGCUCACUACUAUUUUGACCAAUUUGUUAUAACCCAUUUAUUUAUGGUUUAUAAUACAUUUACAAAUGAUUAAAUAACCGUUAGUAUCGUAAUUACAAACCCUUUAUAAACCCUUUACAAAUGGAAACUUAUUGUAAAGUGUUACCGUCUUGGUAUACCACAGUAAAUGGGAUGCCCUUUUUUCAAAAAAGUUUUGUAAUAGAAAAUAGUACAACUAGUGUCUUUGUGGUUGAUACUUGUACUGAUACUGUGUGUGUGUGUUUGUGUGUGUGUGUGUGCAUGUGUGUGUGUGUGUGUGUGUGCGUGCACGUACACGCAUGUGUGCGAUUGUGUGUGUCUGUGUGUGUAGAUAGGUGCUUUGGCGAUCUCCAUGGUCACCAUCAUCCUAGGGCUCGGACUGGGGCUUGGUUUACAACUAGAGGACUGUCGAAACAAAGGUACACUAUUUCUUAUUGGGGCAGUUUCUGUAAAAAAAAUCACUUACACGACCACAAUAUGUAUAAUUACAAUGAUAUGUGAUAUUUGAUGUCACCACUUCAACAAUAAAAAACAACAAAACGAAGACUACCUUGGUGUGCCAAAUCAAAUUGGCUCGUGGGCCGGAAUUGGCCCGCGAGCCGUGAGUUGGUGACCCCUGUUCUACUGUAUAAACUGCACCUGUGAAAUCCACUGGAAGUGCUCAGUGUAGCUUCAUUUGUUCCAGUGGUUCCCAGUACCUCCUGCAAGAACAGAUGCUACGAGCCCUUCGACGAUGAGACACCAGGCUGUCGCUGUGAUACUCAGUGUGUCACCAACAAUAACUGUUGCUAUGACUUUCAGGACAUCUGUCUCCAACCAAGUGAGCCAUGUUUACUGUACCUAUCAGUGGUUCCCAAACUAUUGGGCACGCCUCCUUGGGGGGAGGAGGGGGGGUGCACGAGGGGUCGUCAGUAAUAGUAGAAUGCACAAGGUGCAAUUUCGAAAUUGCGUAGUGCAUUCUCAAUUCCUCUUGUCAUGUUAGUCAUUGCAUACCUUAGAGAGCUAUUUAUAUCUUCUCAGAAAUGUCCCGAACAACUGGUCCAUGUCAGCUAACAUUUUUUUAUUUAGCCCAUAGAUGUUGUUGUAAUUUUUUUGUCACUCAAAUAUCACAUGAAUACACAUUAGAAAUGGGUAAAUGUAUAGAAUUGCAAGAAAAUGUGCUUUAAAAUUGCAACAUUUUCUUUGCACCUCAUGACAGAAUGUGUAGAAUUGCAUGGAAUAAGCUUUAAACCUGCAAAAUUCUGGAACGGGGACCCCGAGUGAAAAGUUUUGGGAACCUCUGCCCUACAUCACCCACUGAAUGGCCUUUUUAUCCUUUUUAGAUAAAACUCAACUAAAUAUAUUCACGUCACCAAAUAAUUGAUUAAAACACACUGUUUUGCAAUGAAGGUCUACAGUAGCCUCAACAGCACUCUGUAGGGCAGCACCAUGGUGUAGCCGGAGGACAGCUAGUGUCACGACUUCCACCGAGGCUGCCUCCCCUCCUUGUUCGGGCAGGCUUCGGCGUUCGUCGUCACCGGCUUACUAGCCACUGCCGCUCCAUAUAUCAUCAUUCCAUUUGUCUUGUCUUGUCAAUUACACACACCUGGUUCUUAUCCCCUCAUUAGUCUGUGUAUAAGUGUUCCCUCUGCCCCCCUUGUCCUUGUGGGUGAUUGUUAUUUGUGAGAGUAGUGUAGCUCGGUGGAGCUACUCUCCCUUUGUAUUGCCGGGGUAGAUAUUUCCCCUGUGCCUGUAUAUUGUUGGUGUAUCCCGUACCGUGUAUUGCCAGGGUAGAUAGUUUCCCCUGUGCCUGUUUUUGUGUGUCGCUAUCCAGCGCAUUUGUGUACGACGGAAUAAACUCUGUAUUCAGUGAUUUACCCUCCUGCACCUGACUCCUUCUAUCACACUCAUCACAGCUAGCUUCCGUCCUCCUCUGGAUACAUUGACUUCAAUACAAAACCUAGGAGGCUCAUGGUUCUCACCCGCUUCCAUAGACUUACACAGUAAUUAUGACAACUUCCAGAGGACGUCUUCCAACCUAUCAGAGCUCUUGUAGCAUGAACUGACAUGUUGUCCACCCAAUCAAAGGAUCAGGGAAUGAAUCUACUACUGAAAGCAUAAGCUACAGCUAGCUAGCACUGCAGUGCAUAAAAUGUGGUGAGUAGUUGACUCAACGAGAGAGAAAGACAAUAGUUGAACAGUUAUUAACAAAUUCAAUUUAUUCAAAAAUGAAGGAGAAGCAAGAAAGAGAUAGAGAUUUCCUAAUUUUUUUCACUUUCAGUUGCACUUACUUAGCUAGCAAAUGCAGCUAGCUAGUGUAGCCUACUCAAACACCCUGCUCAAACAGAGGGAAGCUAUGUUAGCUAGCUGGCUAUGACUAUCCAACACAACAUUGGUACUCUUCCAAGUCAAGGUAAGCCUUUGCUAACUUAUUGCCAUUGACUAUACACUGUAACAUUACUGCAUGAUUGUAGCGGGUUUAUUAACGCGUUAGCUAUAUUAGCUAUGUUGACUAUGACGUUACGUUAGCUAAUAUGGUGACAACGAUGUAGGCUGUGUGUAGCGGUUAUGAUAUGGUUUGGCUUGGAAAGUUUUUUUUGCCUGGUCACAUACAGCUGAUGUGUUGUGCAUUGAAGUCCACAAACGGAGGGAAAAGGUGAGAAGAGGAGAGCGAAUAGAUGCGAGAAGGAAUACAACGUGGCUGCUAUGAAAGUUAACUGUGUUUACACGUGAUCAGGGGUGUAUUCAUUCCGCCGAUUCUGUUGAAAAACGUUUCUUAAACGGAAGCAAACUGAAAUAAACAGGGAUAAACAUACCUGAAUUUGUCCAAUAGAAACUCUCGUUUGCAACUGUUGGACUAACGAUUACACCCUAUAUCAGCUAGAUGCAGGCAAGAGUGUGCAAGGCGGUAUUGAAUGUGUCACUGUCUGUCCAUGUUUCACUGUCUGUCACCUCAAAUUUUUCACCUACGUUGUAAACUUUAAUUCAUAGGCUAGGUUGUAGCAACCUCAUGAUAUUAUAGGGAAAGUUCAAGUAUCAAGUAGUAGCCUAAACCUAUCGAUGUUACAUUGAACUGGGUGAAUGGAAUAUGAAUGACAGUCAUCCAAUAUGCUGUAAUAGAAAUAAGGCCAUUCUCAUGAAAAACUAAACGUCCUCCCUCAUCAUAAACGGCACUGACUGUCACUGGGUGUUAUGUCAUGUUAUAUAAUUUUUUAUGAUAGCAUAUUAUGACCGAUAGGGUUCAAUUCUACGAGUUUAUUCAACUAAGUAAACACCGAACUUUGAUGACAGAAUUGCGGCAGAACAGUGAAAGAAUCCUUCAUGAAUGUAUUUGGGGUGCACACAUUGGAACCGUGUUCAAAUGUCAGCUUAUUAUGGUUUAGCUAGCUUCACCCCUUCUAAUGGUUUUAUCCAACAGCUCAACAAUGGGAGUGCACCAACCUGCGCUGUGGAGAAAAGAGGUUGACGGAGAGCAGGUGCCACUGCUCCGACGACUGCCUGGGUGCUGGUGACUGUUGCACCAACUUCAAACAUGUCUGUCAAGGUGAGAAUAACUUUAUGAAAUGUACACGUCAAUGUACACAUUACAAUGUAUCCAUGUUUUGUGCAUCCAAUAACUUCAAUAGCUCAAAUGUUUGCAUUGAGACAGAUUUGGAGGAACACUUUAAGUGUUUUUUCUUCUUCAAUUUUCUCAUGUUUUCCCAUAAAUGAAGGAGAGACAGAAUGGGUGGCAGAUGACUGUGUGGAUUUGGCGAGCCCUAAAUGUCCAGCGAAGUACGUUUUAGUGCAUAAAGGAAUGCACAAAUUUUUAUAAACAAGAAUGCCAAGAUUAUUUGAAAAUGAUUCAAUAUCUGCCUGAAUUACUAAACUAAAUGUAAAAUGUAAAAUUCUACAUAUUUUCUAAAUGUUUCUAAAAUCUAUAUUUUUACCCUUAGCUUUAAACUGCAGCCACUGCUCCUCAUCUCACUGGACGGCUUGAGAGCAGAGUAUCAACAAACAUGGAGUUCCCUCAUCCCCGUCCUAGACAAACUGAGUGAGUCCCAUCAUCUCUUUGUUAGAUGGGAUCAGUUUGUACCAUCAUCCCUAUUAAACUGCCUUAACCAUACCAAUGGGCUUGCACAUGAGGGCUAAUCUUUUUCAAUAUCCUUAUCCCUCUAACAGGAACCUGUGGCACCUCUGCACCUUACAUGCAGCCUGUGUUCCCCAGCAAGACCUUCCCUAAUCACUACACCAUUGCCACGGUUAGCCUCAUACAUAUCCUCACACACAACACCAUUGUAAUGCACUAUGCCAGGUAUUAUUUUUUAAAGACCACAGAAUUGUAUAUCAGCCAAAAAGGGGAUAUUUAUUAUACAGUACAUCAAAUAUAUAAUAAAUAAAAAUAUACAGCAGUUUGUGACAUUACCAAAACUGUGUCAUCAAUUUUGACUUCUUCUUCACAAAAUUUCCGCUGUGUCAUCUUCAGGGCAUGUACUCCGAGUCCCACGGGCUGGUUGACAACAGCAUGUACGACCCUGUGUUUGACGCUUCCUUCAGUCUGUCAAAUGACGAGAAGUCCAACCCCAGAUGGUACCUCGGUCAGCCUGUGAGCCCCACCCCCUGCUUUCUGCUUUGCUGUUCACAUUGAGACCUUUAGAGAGCUAGAUAAGCUAGAUGACUAUACUUUUAUUUGGUUUCCCACAGUCAGAUUCAGGGCCUACUGCCAAACUUUUGACCAUAGCAUUGAUCAAGUCAGCCAGACGUCAAUAUAUAUUUUUGUAUUGUGUCUAGUGCAUUUACCUGUGUUACUGUAGUUCACAAAAUAACACAACUCUCUGCUCAACAGAAUGCUUCUCUCAGUAUUGAGCAGAACAAUGAUUCAAAAAUAUUAUUGCUCAUAACCUUGUCAUUGUAGAUUUGGCACACUGCCAGUUACCAAGGACUGAGAGCAGGAACCUAUUUCUGGCCUGGCUCAGAUGUCAAAAUCAAUGGCAGUUUCCCAGACAUCAACGUAGACUACGACGGGUAAUAUAGUCAGGAAUAAAUUAUAUUGUUUCUCAUAUAUGAAUAGGCCGCUUUAUUGCCCUUGGAUGAUAAGAGCUGUCCUUUUAUAUCGUCAUGUCUUUUAUUUAAUUUCAGCAAAAUACCUUUUGAGGAGAGGGUCUUCACGCUCCUGAAGUGGCUACAGUUGCCAGAUAAUGAGAGGUAAAUCCCCAUUUAAGGCAUCCCAGCUACUAGCAAGCCUUUAUCAGAGGCCUUCAAGCCUAAAGUGCAUUGUGUAUAAUGUCAUGGUGUAUAACAAUUGUUGUCCCUGCAGGCCAGAUUUCUUCACAUUGUACCUCGAGGAGCCGGACAAGUCGGGGCACAGCUUUGGUCCUGUCAGUGGAGGGGUAAGGUCAAUAGGAAAACAACCAGGAUGCAUCUUAUUAGUCUGAAGUCACUUCAUAUGCAAUUAACUGAAAUACCUUGACAGGUGAAGGCAAACAACAGGUUUCUGUCCACCAUAUUGCUUUCUGCUGCCCUGUGUUCUCAGAUCAGUGCAUAUUAAGGGAAGGAGAAGAGGUCCUCUGUGGUCCUCUGUAGCUCAAUUGGUAGAGCAUGGCGCUUGUAACGCCAGGGUAGUGGGUUCGAUCCCCGGGACCACCCAUACGUAAAAAUGUAUGCGCACAUGACUGUAAGUCACUUUGGAUAAAAGCGUCUGCUAAAUGGCAUAUUAUUAAGAGGUGAGGAAGUGACUGCAGACUAUUGAAAUACCUCUGGUGCAACAACCUGCAGGUUCAGGAUUGUUAAGCUUAUACUGUAUCUGAAACAAUAGUUUUAUCUACCAUUCGAGAGCUUGGGACAAAAAAGUUAUAUCUGCAUUUUUGUAAAAAUGUUGUUAUUGAAAAAGCCUUGUACUGUUCAAUGUUCUCUACCUAUAAAGUACACUAAAUGACCCAAUUCAUGUUGUUAAGUUCAAAAGAAUACAAUAUAAAAAUUGCUGACACUAUUCAAACCAAUGAGGGUUCGGAACUUUAAAGCCAAUUUAUCUCAGAAUAAUCUUUUUUCUGAUAGAACCUUAUAGUCCCAAGCUCUCGCAUUGAUAAGAUACACUUCAGACGCUCUGAAGUAAUUUGAUAGAAUGGUCCAUAAAUCUUUAUUAAUAAAAUAACCAGUGCUUAACUUAGGCAGGAGCUCACCGGAGCUGAGUACCGGCACCUCAAAUGCUCUACUGCUUGAGCUCCUGCACCUCUUACAGAAUAUUAGAAUUAAAACUACUGCCGAGUUCCUGCACCUAAAUAUAAACAGUACCGGCACACAAAAUGAGUACUGGCACCUAUUUCAGUCAAGCAUUAAGGCUGCAGCCUCAAAGGUGUUGUUGAUUCCCAUCAAGGACAAAACAGAAAAAGGUCAUGAUGUACUGCUUUGUUGUUAUGUAAUGUAAUCCAAAAAGGCUCACUUCUUGUGUUUAGGUCAGGCAUGUUUCGAAACGACCCUUUGUUUUUGUUCUCGUAACUGCUUUUAACAUGCUUUUAUAGCACCACAAUCAACCCCUGACACAACUCUCAUUUAUACAACACAUAACAUGCUGUAUACAACACACAUGGCUUACAUUCUAUGCUGAAUGCCAAAAGGUGAAAGUUCAAUGUCUUGAUCACAUGUGAACGAAUGAUGCCGUUGACAAUUAUGUUGGGUAUACUUUUACUCUCCAUUGAAAAGGCCCCUUCAAAUCAGUUGCCUUAUAAAUGCAAACAUAUUGUUAAAUCAUCAUGAUGCAAAGUUAUGAUCUAAUGACAUUUACGUAGUAACCCCAAGAGAAAAUUACAUCGAUUUUUUUAUUUAUAGAACUCAACAUUUGUUUUUAUGUAAUCACGCAUAAAUCACAAUUAAGUGUGUUUACCUUUUGUAAAUAGACUGGUACUUAACAAUAAUCAAGGUUUGAUUAUGUUGAGGGUGCCAUUAGCCUUGAUCAAUGAAGUCAUUGAAGACUACAGUCAUAGAUAUAACAGUCUCACAAGUUUCUCACUGUAUUUCAGUUGAUCGAGGCUCUCACAGGAGUGGACAAGGUCAUUGGUCAACUGAUGAACGGACUCAAACAGCUGAACCUGCAUCAGUGUCUCAACAUCAUCAUCGUAGCUGACCAUGGUAGGAGGCUAAUAAAUCAAAGGAAUCAAAUACAUUCAUGACCCUUUACCUCCACAAAUCUGACAUCUGGACAGCAAACUGACCUAUUUUCCUACAGACCUAGUAUAUCUAAAAAUGUAAAUCAUUUAGAAUAAUAUAGAAUUAGACUACAAACAUGAAAAAAUAGUAAGCAUUGUUGUAUUAGUGUUGUGGCUUAUAUUUCAAUGUUAUACAAAGAAGUUUGUGUGGAAACUUCAGCAAAAACUUUAUUGAGCUACAACAACAGGUAUGGAGGACACAAGUUGUGACAGGAAGGAAGUCCUCCAGGAUCUACUCCAGGUGGAAAAUGUUCGUGAUCUGUAUGUCUACGAGGGACCUUUUGGGAGAAUUAGAUCCAAUGACAAAAACCAACCCUGUGAGUGUAAGAACAAACAUAUAGAAAAUGUACCCUUUCUUUGUAAUCGCAAUAAAAAUGACUUAUUCCUGUUGUUUCCUUUGACAGUGGACUCGGCCGGACUUGUAGCCAACAUGACGGUGAGUAAGAAGCUACGAUGGAUCGUUCACCUUGAUUUAAACUAGCCGUGACCACCAUAUUGACUGGAAAUUCUCCAAUUGAGGAAUAAUCUAAUGUUGAGGCAAACUGAAGAUGUUCACAAGGGGUUUGUAUUCAGUCCCAUCAUGUUUAGUCUGGACAAAGAGCCAAUCUGAAAAUAUUGUUUUGUCCCUAAUACUGUAUCUGUUAUAGAAACCUACUGAUUGAUAAAAAAUAUUCCCUGUUGUUUUAUUGGGAUUCCAGUGCAAGAAGAACGAUCAGAAGGUCAAGCCUUACCUGAAAAACCAUCUGCCCAAGCGGUUCCACUACGCAAACAGUAGACGCAUUGAGGACGUCAGCGUGAUAGUCAAUCCAGGAUGGCUGUUGGAGAGGUACCGAUUUAAGAAACUCCACCCUACUUUAUAAACAUAACCCUGGUGUGGAUUUUAGUAGGGCAUGAUGUAGCAAAAUGUUGGCUUCUUACAUAUUUCUGUGUUAUGUUAUAGAUACCCAGGGUCUUUGACCUUCUGUGCAGGUGGAGCUCAUGGGUAUGACAAUGAUGAUGCCGGUAUGCAUGUGAGUUGGAAGGAGAUAAGCAUAUGUUUGAUCUUAAAUCAAGCUUCGCUUUCCAUUUACUCAAAUAAAUCAGUUAGCGAAUGAGUACAACUUGAUUGGUUAAAAAAAAUAUGCUGAACAAAAAUAUAAACGCAACAUGCAACAAUUUCAACGAUUUUACUGAGUUACAGAUCAUAUAAGGAAAGCAGUCAAUUGAAAUAAAUUCAUUAGGCCCUAAUCUAUAGAUUUCACAUGACUAGGCAGGGGCGCAGCCAUGGGUGGGUGGGCCUAGGAGGGCAUAGGCCAACCCACUUGGGAAGCCAGUCCCACCCAUUAGGGAGCCAGGCCCAGCCAAUCAGAAUGAGUUUUUCCCCAUAAAAGGGCUUUAUCACAGAUAGAAAUACUCCUCCGUUUCAUCAGCUGUUCGAGUGGCUGGUCUCGAAACAAUCCUGUAGGGGAAGAAGCUAGAUGUGGAGGUCCUGGGCUGGCGUAGUUACACGUGGUCGGCAGUUGUGAAGCUGGUUGGAUGUACUGCCAAAUUAUCUAAAACGACGUUGGAGGCGGCUUAUGGUAGAGAAAUUAACAUUAAAUUCUCUGGCAACAGCUCUGGUGUGCACAUUUUAGAGUGGCCUUUUAUUGUCCCCAGCACAAGGUGCACCUGUGUAAUGAUCAUGCUGUUUAAACCAGCUUAUUGAUGUGACACACCUGUCAGGUGGAUGGAUUAUUUUGGUAAAGGAGAAAUGCUCACUAACUGUGAUGGAAAAACAAUUUUUGCAAAACAUUUGAGAGAAAUAAGCUUUUUGUGCGCAUGGAACAUUUCUGGGAUCUUUUAUUUAAGCUCAUGAAACAUGGGACCAACACUUUACAUGUUGCGUUUAUAUUUUUGUUCAGUAUAUAAAUCAUUGAUAUACAGUACCAGUCAAAAGUUUGGACACACCUACUCAUUCAAGGGUUUUUCUUUAUCUUUACUCAUUUCUACAUUGUAGAAUAAUAGUGAAGACAUCAAAAAUAUGAAAUAACACAUAUGGAAUCAUGUAGUAACCAAAAAAGUGUUAAACAAAUCAAAAUAUAUUUUAUAUAUGAGAUUCUUCAAAUAGCCACCCUUUGCCUUGAUGACAGCUUUGCACACUCUUGUCAUUCUCUCAACCAGCUUCACCUGGAAAGCUUUUCUAACAGUCUUGAAGAAGUUCCCACAUAUGCUGAGCACUUAUUGGCUGCUUUUCCUUCACUCUGCCGUCCGAUUCAUCCCAAACCAUCUCAAUUGGGUUGAGGUUGGGGGAUUGUCGAGAACAGGUCCUCUGAUGCAGCACUCCAUCACUCUCCUUCUUGGUAAAAUAGCCCUUACACAGCCUGGAGGUUUGUUGGGUCAUUGUCCUGUUGAAAAACAAAGCCUAAACCAGAUGGGAUGGCAUAUCGCUGCAGAAUGCUGUGGUAGCCAUGCUGGUUAAGUGUGCCUUGAAUUCUUUGUCACCGGCAAAGCACCCCCACACCCCCACACCAUAACACCUCCUCUUCCAUGCUUUACGGUGCGAACUACACAUGCGGAGAUCAUCUGUUCACCCACACCACGUCUCACAAAAAUCACAAAUUUGGACUCCAGACCAAAGGACAAAUUUCCAGCGGUCUAAUGUCCAUUGCUCGUGUUUCUUGGCCUAAGCAGGUCUCUUUUUCUUAUUGGUGUCCUUUAGUAGUGGUUUCUUUGCAGCAAUUUGACCAUGAAGGCCUGAUUCACAUAGUCCCCUCUGAACAGUUGAUGUUGAGAUGUGUCUGUGACUUGAACUCUGUGAAGCAUUUAUUUGGGCUGCAAUUUCUGAGGCUGGUAACUCUAAUGAACUUAUCCUCUCAGCAGAGGUAACUCUGGGUCUUCCAUUCCUCUGGCGGUCCUCAUGAGAGCCAGUUUCAUCACAGCGGUGAUGGUUUUUGCCAAUGCACUUGAACUUUCAAAGUUCUUUACAUUUUCUGUAUUGACUGACCUACAUGUCUUAAAGUAAUGAUGGACUGUAAUUUCUCUUUGCUUAUUUGAGCUGUUCUUGCCAUAAUAUGGACUUGGUCUUUUACCAAAUAGGGCUAUCUUCUGUAUACCUUGUCACAACACAACUGAUUGUCUCAAAAGCUUUAAGAAGGAAAGAAAUUCCACACAUUAACUUUUAAGAUGCACACCUGUUAAUUGAAAUGCAUUCCAGCUGGUUGAGAGAAUGCCAAGAGUGUGCAAAGCUGUCAUCAAGGCAAAGGGUGGCUAUUUGAAGAAUCUCAAAUAUAAAAUAUAUUUUGAUUUGUUUAACACUUUUUUGGUUACUACAUGAUUCCAUAUGUGUUAUUUCAUAGUUUUGAUGUCUUCACUAUUAUUCUACAAUUUAAAAAACUGUAAAAAUAUGAAUGAGUAGGUGUGUCCAAACUUUUGACUGGUAGUGUAUAUACCCACAUCUUUGCACUGAGUGUACAAAACAUUAAGAACAUCUGCUCAUUCCAUUACAUAGACUGACCAGGUGAAUCCAGGUGAAAUCUAUGAUCUCUUAUUGAUGUCCCUUGUUAAAUCCACUUCUGUCAGUGUAGCUGAAGGGGAGGAGACGGGUUAAAGAAGCAUUUUUAAGCAUUGAUACAAUUGAGUCAUGGAUUGUGUUUGUGGGCCAUUCAGGGGGUGAAUGUGCAAGACAAAAUAUGAAAGUACUUUUGAACAGGAUAUGGUAGUAGGUGCCAGGCACACCGGUUUGUGUCAAGAACUGCAAUGCUGCUGUUUUUUUCACGCUCAGCAGUUUCCUCUGUGUAUCAAGAAUGGUUCACCACCCAAAGAACAUCCAGCCAACUUGACACAACUGUGGGAAGCUUCGUAGUCAACACGGGCCAGCGUCUCUAUGGAACGCUUUCGACACCUUGUAGAGUCCAUGCCACUACGAGGCUGUUCUGAGGGCAAAAGGGGGUGCAACUCAAUAGUAGGAAGGUGUUCCUAAUCAUUUCUACACUCAGUGUAUAUUGAUAUUUUUGUAUUUAGGAGAUGGAAAAUGUAUGACUAAGACCCUCUUUAUUCUCCUUAGGCCAUGUUCUUAAGCUAUGGACCCAAGUUUCAUUAUAAAACCGAAAUAGAACCAUUCUCCAACAUUGAGCUCUACAAUCUCAUGUGUGGUAAGUAGCAGUAAAUAUAGCAGUACAUUACAGGGUCAGUUGUCUGUGUUAUCCAAUAAAUUGUUUAUGUCAUUCCAUCAUUAAGUGGCAGAAUUUGUUGUGAAAGGGUUGGGUUUUGAUUAAUAAAUACGUUGUAAGUGGGGCGGGGGCUUGACCAUUCACUGGCCAAUCAACGUGUUCCAUGGCUUAAUACUGCAUGCGGUUGUCUCAAGUUGUGUAUGUUAUUGAUGGUCUUUUGUUGUUAUCAACUCCAAUUCGGCUGGGGGGCACGGAAUAUUCUCGUCCUAAUCCGUUUAUGAAAUAGCAUAGGCUACACUAAUUAAUAAUAGCAACAACAAUAUACAUCCAGUUUUGAUAAAUAUGUUUGGAGUGUUGGCAGUCAACAUUGUUGUAAUUGUUUCACCUAUAGGCCUCUACAUGUCUUUACGCAUCGCAUUUGUCCUGAAAUAAAAAAUACUAGGCUCCCCUUUAAAUGUAUUUUAGGCUAUAUUGUAAGGGUUGGGGUGAGGUGUGACCCAGGUGCGGUGCAGGAUAUACAGUAGGCAGUAUGCAGAGAUGGUGAAACAAGGAUCUUUACUGGUGGUCCCGAAGCCAAAAUAAAAAAUAACGGACUUAUCACGAUAAAAGAAAGGCGGAGCAAAUAAGUCUCCAAAAACCGGCUGACAGACAAAAUACGAAAUACUACCUAAGACUGAAACAAAUAACGAAACAGGGAGAACGCUUCUCAAGUACCUGUACAUAGGUCUCCGAUCAGACAUUGAGUAGUACUGCUGGACAUAGAGAAACUAGCAGAGAAAACUGAGUAAGGGAACACAGGGAAGUGAGGUGAACAGAUAGACACAGGUGACACCAAUAGGAUGAUGAUUAGUCCAGACUGUGAGUGUGCCUAAGGUUGUCGGAGGAUGACACCUAGUGGGUCGCUCCGGAAUUGCGACCCCCUCCUGUAACACUAUAUGUGAGGCUCGUUCGCAAUAAGCAAGAUAUAAGCCUAACCACCAUUGAUAUUGCAUUAUAGGACUGAAUAUUUUGAAUAGGUUUGGAGGAGCGCAUCUUUGGUAACCCCACUAACCGGACAAUAGGCGCUCUUUGUAAAUGGGGACAGAUACAAGUGAAAUGGAGUAUGCCGGUAGGCCUAUAUUAAUUGUGAAUAAUGCAAAAGGAUGACAGCAAAAGCCUCUUGAGAAGACCACUUAGAAACCUUUUAUGGAUAGGCUCCUUGGCUAAUGCAUGGCCAGGAUAAGGAAGACACUUGACGCAUUGCUGUUGAACCAGUUUUCGUUAUAGUAGGGUAAGAGUAGCCUACUGAGGGUUUGGUUUUUAAUCGAAUGAAAUGGAAAACAAGUUAAUGUUACAGGAAAAUAACUUAAAUGUUUCUAAAUACAAGGGCAUUAUCUCAUCUCUCGUUCCAUGAUGGGCAUAUCGACAUGUAUUCUACAUGGAGGGGGUUUUAUACACAUUCAAAAUAAUAACAGGAGCUGGCUAAAAUGAUGUACAAUACAUAUAUACAAAAGGGGAUGUCUGCUUACUGUUUUACUGCUCCCUUGAUCUUUUUAAUAAACCUUUGGUGAUAAAGAUUUAUUUCAAAACGGUCUCAUGAGCCAACCCUUUAUUGAUAGUCUUGGCUACUUAGUGAAUGCAUUGGGCAGGAUAAAAAAAAAAAAUCUUCAUUGAGGAUAUGCUUGGUUUUUAAUCAAAUGAAACAAAAUGGUAAAAAAAAUACAUUAGUUUUGGGGGUUUCUAAAUAGGAGGUUCACCGCACAAAAAAGCACAUCUCUCUUGUUCCAUUGGCAUUUGGGCACUAUGCAUCACGUCUGAAUAGACUACACUUCCGCUGUCAAAAUCCAUGCCAUAACCAACCUUGUUACUGCCAAGUAUAGCUUUUGGUGAGUCUUAAAUCUCCCUAUUUGUGCUAAAUGAAAUUGUCACUUUUGCGCUAGUUUUUAAGGACACACUUCAAAUAUUGCCAACCCUCCCACCUCAGCACAAGCGAGCUGAUGUAAGACAGGAAAAUUGCUGAUCCUGGCGCAAGGGGUGGAAAAUGCCAGAGCUACAGUUCUUACAUGUCAAAAUUUGACACUUGCGCCGCUUUAGCGCCAGCCGAAAAUAGAUCUCCUAGUAUUUGAACACUGCAUUGUUGAGAAAGAGCUUGUAAGGAAGCAUUUCGCUGGACUGUUUUACAACUGUUGUAUCCGGUACAAACGACAAAUAAGCUUUAAUUUGAUUUGAUCUCAAACAUGUAUAGUAUGUGCAUUGUAAAAUUGUCCAUGUGAAACCCUUUCAGAUGUGUUGGGGAUCUCCCCAUCCCAGAACAAUGGAAGCCACGGCAGUAUGAACCAUCUCCUGAGGACUCCCCGGCACAUUCCCAUACACCCCGCAGAGCAGACAACCCCUGGGCAGUGCCCUCUGGUGAUCCUUGAACCCGUAGAUGCCCUGAACCUGCAAAUGCCCCUCCCUGGUAGUACCCCUUGCUUACAUUGAAUAUAGCAAACGUUAGGAACACCUUCCUAAUAUGGAGAUGCACCCCCUUUUGCCCUCAGAACAGCCUCAAUUCGACAAGGCAUGUUCAUCUAAAAUGUAAUCUAUGUAAUCCCCAACAGUAAUGAUUUAUCAUUAGAGGACCAUAAACAAUAUUUACUAAUGCUGCAUACGCCAAGAAAGGUUAAAAACUCACCUUUCUGGUCAAAUGUUUUAUAAAUUGCUGACAAGCGCAAGUACACAGUACAAAUUUGAUACAAAUAUGAAAAUAUGAAAUAUGUUAUAUGACGUAUUUCCUAUUCAAUAAAACUGUAUGAAUAAGGCUUGAAAUGACUUAUAUGCUUUCCAAAUAUAGUAUAAUCAAAUUAUAAAACCAAUAACUAUAAGAUUUCACCUUCCCUAUAACUGUAAAAUACAUAUUUCUAUCACACAGAGCUCUAUAGCUUGGCUUCUUGAAGUUGUUAGGAACUCGCCUUUCAUCUAAUAUUAAUCUUGUCCAUCUAUGACAACCAGAAAGUGUCUUUUGUUCUAAAUUAUUUUAGAUUAAUGACUAUAAAUCAAUCUCUGAAUGUGCUAUAGCUCCUGCUGCGCUACGAUGUAAGGAUUGCUGACACGUGCUUUGUCAGUGGCUGUGAAGUAGGGUUUAGCCAGGAGUUGAUGGACAGUCAGAAGAGCAAAUGAAAUGGUAGGAGGGACAGCCCAGCUUCAAGUGGUUUCAGAUUUCACAUCCUACUACUGUAUACUGCUGUGUCCGUGGGAAACAGGGCUAUCUCUCAAUGCAAACCAUUUCGAUCUACGUUGUCCACAGAUCGAUUUAUAAGCAAAAAUGUUUGUCAGAACAACUGAAAAAGGUUGAACUUUCACCGGCUGCAGGGCCUGACUUCAUGGCAACCCCCUUGCACGUAUCAAGUGAAGGAGCCUUUAGGAUUAGAUACAGCACAGGGUUUUCUUCUCCCAUGAUAAGACCAGGUGGUAGAGUUUCACUUGGUAGGCCUCCUGUUGACCCACUGUUGGCUGGUGGCACAUGUACUGUCUCAACUCUGGUGGUGUUGUCCACACAUUAACUGUCACAGAAAAUUAUCUGUUAUUGAUAUUUUAUCCUUGAAUAGACUUUGAAGCAGUGGCAUAACCAUACAUUUGUUGGUGGGUGGGCCUACAGAAACUCAAUCUGAGUGGGUCGGCCUGGCUCCCUAGUGGGUGGCCCACCCAUGCCUACACCGCUGCUUUGAAGUUACAGUAUACACCUCUUAAUACUAUAGUGAUAAGAAGCUGGUAUAAUACAGUACAGUAUAUUAAGCACAUAUUAAUUACCCCAACCAUAGAAUGUCUCUGUCUCCAAUGUUGUUGAUAUUAAUUAAAAUAUCAACAUUGUCAGAGUCUUAUCUGUAACAGCAUCAUAUCUUGUUUCUUUCCAGGGUGGAACUAAUCCAAAUAGUCGUCUGAAUCUGACAGCUGCUGAAGGUAAAGAUUAUGUGAGAGACAUUGUGGACAGAUUAUUGUCGGAAUAUUGUCAUGAUUAACAAUCAAUUAUGAUACCAGAUCGUACAUUGAGUUUAGGAAGAAUACGUAAUUAUAAACCGGUUGUUUUGAGCCCUGAAUGCUGAUUGGCUGAAAGCCGUGGUAUACCACGGGUAUGAACAAAACAUAUUUUUUACUGUUUUAAUUACAUCGGUAACCAGUUUACAAUAGCAAUAAGGCACCUCAGGGGUUUGUGGUAUACCGUAAAACUUCAAUUAAUCGCAGUCUCAAAUAGUCACCUGUCCCUUUUAAUAACCGGGCAAGGGCACACAUUUCAGCAAAUAAACGCCUGUUUCAAAUAAACGCCCUGUCUAAUUGAAUUGUUUACGAGGUUACUAUGAAUUACCAUGAAUUGUUUACAAGAUUUUAAUGUUUGAUUUGUUAAAUAAAUAAUUCAGUAAUGACUUGAAAAAACUAUGGCAAUAAUCCGUUUUUAUAGCCAGUAAGAAACUGCUAGCCAUUGACUGCUAACAGCUGAACACUGCUAGCUAACAGGCAAGCACAAAAGUAGUCAACAACUUCAGGAGUACAGACCCCAAGAAAUCGUCAGAUCGCCCUCUAGUGGUGAAAGUAAGACCUGCCGUAAAUGAACAGUCAAAUAGGAAAAUAGUUAUUCUGUCAAGAAACGUGACACAGUGUGUAAAUGAUAAGACGUUAGUGCAGGAAAUGAAGAAAUUGAUUAAAAUGCUGGAUGUGAACGCUGGAAUUAAACAAUUAACUAUGCAAAUGAGCAAAAGCUGAGAGCAUUAAGGAAAUAGACACCUGGCUCAAAUAGCGCCUGUUGUGUCCAGUGUUUUUAGCAAAUAAACGCCUGGGCUAUUAAUUUAAGUUUUACAUUAUGGCCAAUAUACCACGGCUAAUAGCUGUAUACAGGCACUCCGCGUUGCAUGGAUGUCAACCCCAGCACAUGUUCAUGUCAUUGUUACCGAUCAACUGCAUUACAGUUCAAAAUGAUUUUGACUACCACCACCGAUUUCUGUAUGCUAGUUAUGUUAACCAGCUUAUACAAAUGGAAUUUAGCAUUUAGCAGUCACUUCUUAACCUGAAAAGGGACAACUUCUACAUGUUAUGCAGCGAAAACAGCCAAAUAUAUCAAAAUCAACUUAAGGAACCACAUACAAUACAUCAAUCAUGACGAAUUUAAAGAAUAUCCACUUUGUUAGAUCAGAUUUGUUGAAUGUGUGCCAAUCUCGUCAAUGCGAUUGCAUCCCAUUGACUCCUUUACCGCAUCUAUGGCAUUGUUGAAUACCCGUUCCUGAUUGCCUUGAAGGGCAUUCUAGAGUGUGCAUUAUUUAAUGUGUUAAUGCCCGAGAAGCCGGUGUUUGGAGGAUAUAUUGGCACGGGUGUUGUUAGGCCCGUGCCAAUAUAUCCUCCAAACACCGUCUUCGAGGGCAUUAUCACUUUUAUACAAUGGGUUACCAACAUAUUCAAAUAAUGAUUGACAUAUUUUCAUUAAAAACGUUAUUUUGAUUAAUUUAUCCUUCCACAAGAUAUAGUCCCGACACAAAUCUAGGGUUGUUACCCAAGCUGGCUGCCGUUUGUUCUAUCGGUUCGGUUGCCAGAAACGCGACCCAGUCGUUCAGUCUUUUUGUUCUGUAUCAAUGGACGAGUCCCAGUCAUUCAUUCUAAAUGUUCCAUUGCCAUACUGGCUGGUAACGUUCUUAUCCCUUGCUUGCUAGCUACCAACUACGGCUAACUUAAAGUCAAGUCAAAAGUGCAGCCAGGGGCCUCCCGAGUGGCGCAGUAAAUAAAUAAUUUAAAUAAUUCAGUAAUGACUCGAAAAAACUAUGGCAAUAAUCCGUUUUUAUAGCCAGUAAGAAACUGCUAGCCAUUGGCUGCUAACAGCUGAACACUGCUAGCUAACUGGCAAGCACAAAAGUAGUCAACAACUUCAGGAGUACAGACCCCAAGAAAUCGUCAGAUCGCCCUCUAGUGGUGAAAGUAAGACCUGCCGUAAAUGAACAGUCAAAUAGGAAAAUAGUUAUUCUGUCAAGGAUUUUUUGUUUUUUUAUAGAGCCAUACUAAGACAAAAGAAACGUGACACAGUGUGUAAAUCAGGGGUGUCAAACGUACGGCCCGCGGGCCGGAUCAGGCCCGCAAACGGGUUUAAUCCGGCCCGCGAGAUGAUUUAGAAAAAAUAAAAUAAAAUAAAAAUUUUUUUUUUUUUUUUUUUUUUAAGUAUAAAAAUGCGCUGCAAUUUUUCAAUAAAAUAAACUGCUGUUCCAAUUGCGUCCACUGGAUGGCGCAAUAGCAAUUGUGUUAAGCAAGCAAACUGUUUAUACCGGGGCAGAGCAAGUAGGUCAAGCACGUGCAGCCAAUGAGCUACUUUGUUUUGCCCGCGAUAUUUAUUACGGCUUCUACUUUUAACAUUAUGUGCUUUGGCACCCUCAUUGCCCCAAUAUGUCUCUGUCAAAAAAGAGAAAAGUGGACGCAGAGUGUUCCAAGAAAAAUUGUCAUCCUAUUUAAUCACGGAAUUGAAUGGGAAAGCUGUAUGUUUGGUGUGUUCAGAGCAUGUUGCAGUGCUGAAAGAAUAUAACCUUCGUCGCCACUAUGUGAGUCUUCAUGCCGACAAAUAUGACAACUUUCAAGGACAGCGGAGAUGAGAGAAGGUGAAUGAACUGUUGGCGGGUCUGAAGAAACAGCAGUCUGUGUUUACUCACAGCCGAGACAUCAGUGACGCUGCAGUGAAAGCUAGCUACCUCAUUGCUAAUGAAAUCGCAGUGGCUUCAAAACCAUUUAGUGAGGGUGAAUUUGUAAAAACAUGCAUGAUGAAGGCAGCGGAGAUUGUGUGCCCUGAAAAGCGGCAGGCUUUUGCAAAUAUCAGCCUGACAAGAAACACAGUUGCAGACAGUAUUUCCGAUCUUUCAGUGGAUUUGGACAGCCAGUUGAAGCAAAAAGUAAAGUCAUUUAUUGCGUUUUCGGUUGCAUUUGAUGAAAGCACGGACAUUACAGAUGUUGCACAACUGGCCAUUUUUUCAUCCGCGGAGUUGAUGACACAUUGACGGUCACCGAGGAGUUCGUGGAGUUCGUGCUGAUGACAGAUACAACGACAGCAGCUGAUAUUUUUACCGCACUCGUCGGCGCGCUGGACAGGGUCGGAGUGGACUGGUCCCGCGCUGUCAGCCUGGCUACAGAUGGUGCGCCCUCAAUGAUCGGGAAAAAAGCAGGCGUUGUGACAAAGUUCAGAGAGAAAGUGCAAUCUGCAAAUGGAGGACGUGAUUUUUUGACUUUUCACUGUAUUUUGCACCAGGAGGCUUUGUGUUGCAAGUAAUUAAAGAUGGAUAACGUCAUGAAGGUGGUCAUCCAAACUGUUAAUUUCAUCCGAUCCAGAAGCCUGAAUCACCGUCAGUUUGACAGCCUUCUCAGAGAGAAAGACCACAUCUAUGGCCUGCCAUACCACACUGAGGUAAGAUGGUUAAGCCGAGGUGCUGUGCUGAGGCGUUUCUUUGAUUUACGAUAAGAAAUUGAACAGUUCAUGGAAGAAAAGGGCAAACCAGUGUUAGAAUUUCAUUCCGCAGAAUGGAUGCCGGACCUUGCAUUUAUGGUGGAUGUUACAGAGCACCUGAAUAACUUGAACAAACAGCUGCAAGGGCGCAACAAAGUUGUCACACAGUAUUAUGACAGCAUACGUUCUUUCAAGUUGAAGCUGUCAUUGUGGGAGACGCAACUUGCCGGUGGUGAUGCAGCUCACUUCCCCUGUCUGAAAAAUGUGUGCGCGACCCAACAUGUGGCAGACAUGAAGCGGUUCAAAGAUAAAAUAACUGGACUGUUACGGGAGUUUGAGCAACGCUUUCAGAUUUAUGUUUAUAUGUUUUUAUGUUGAUGUGCUAUUGUUUUUAAUUGAUUUCAUUUUAUUUGUAUAUUUAACCUAUUCUUGACUCUGUGGUUCUUGCACUUGUUUGGGGAACAGGAUUUCAUUAUUUUUAUCUACAUUUCUGCCUGAGAAAUGACACCCUGAUAUAGUUCUGUGAUAUACUUCUGUGAAUCACUGAGGCAUUGUGUGUUUGUGUGUUCUUUGUCCUCAGAACUUUCAAAUAACUUGAGGUGUUUUAUGAUUAAUAGUGAUGUUGUGCUUUUGGACACUGUCCUCAGGCUCCAGCUUUAUGUUUAUAUGUUUUUAUGUUGAUGUGCUAUUGUUUUUAAUUGAUUUUAUUUUAUUUGUAUAUAUAACCUAUUCUUGACUCUGUGGUUCUUGCACUUGUUUGGGGAACAGGAUUUCAUUAUUUUUAUCUACAUUUCUGCCUGAGAAAUGACACCCUGAUAUAGUUCUGUGAUCUGUGAAACAGUUCUGUUAAUCACUGAGGCAUUGUGUGUUUGUGUGUUCUUUUUCUUUAGAAUUUUCAAAUAAACUUGACGUGUUUUAUGAUUAAUAGUGAUGUUGUGCUUGUACUAUUUUGGACACACUGUCCUCAGGCUCCAGCUUUAUGUUGUAUGUUGAUCGUAUUAAAACAAAGAAAACAAUCUGAAGUUGUUGUUUUUAAGUUAUAUAUACCAUGAUUUUUCCGUUCCGGCCCACUUGGGAAUAGAUUUUCCUCCAUGUGGCCCCUGAGCUAAAAUGAGUUUGACACCCCUGGUGUAAAUGAUAAGACGUUAGUGCAGGAAAUGAAGAAAUUGAUUAAAAUGCUGGAUGUGAACGCUGGAAUUAAACAAUUAACUAUGCAAAUGAGCAAAAGCUGAGAGCAUUAAGGAAAUAGACACCUGGCUCAAAUAGCGCCUGUUGUGUCCAGUGUUUUAAGCAAAUAAACACCCGGGCUAUUCAUUUAAGUUUUACAUUAUGGCCAAUAUACCACGGCUAAUAGCUGUAUACAGGCACUCCGCGUUGCAUGGAUGUCAACCCCAGCACAUGUUCAUGUCAUUGUUACCGAUCAACUGCAUUACAGUUCAAAAUGAUUUUGACUACCACCACCGAUUUCUGUAUGCUAGUUAUGUUAACCAGCUUAUAUAAAUGGAAUUUAGCAUUUAGCAGUCACUUCUUAACCUGAAAAGGGACAACUUCUACAUGUUAUGCAGCGAAAACAGCCAAAUAUAUCAAAAUCAACUUAAGGAACCACAUACAAUACAUCAAUCAUGACGAAUUUAAAGAAUAUCCACUUUGUUAGAUCAGAUUUGUUGAAUGUGUGCCAAUCUCGUCAAUGCGAUUGCAUCCCAUUGACUCCUUUACCGCAUCUAUGGCAUUGUUGAAUACCCGUUCCUGAUUGCCUUGAAGGGCAUUCUAGAGUGUGCAUUAUUUAAGUGUUAAUGCCCGAGAAGCCGGUGUUUGGAGGAUAUAUUGGCACGGGUGUUGUUAGGCCCGUGCCAAUAUAUGCCCUUGAGCAAGGCACUUAACCCUAGUUGCUCCUGUAAGUCGCUCUGGAUAAGAGCGUCUGCUAAAUGACCAAAAAAUAAUAAUAAUAAUAAUAAUAAUAUCCUCCAAACACCGUCUUCGAGGGCAUUAUCACUUUUAUACAAUGGGUUACCAACAUAUUCAAAUAAUGAUUGACAUAUUUUCAUUAAAAACGUUAUUUUGAUUAAUUUAUCCUCCACAAGAUAUAGUCCCGACACAAAUCUAGGGUUGUUACCCAAGCUGGCUGCUCGUUCGUUCUAUCGGUUCGGUUGCCAGAAACGCGACCCAGUCGUUCAGUCUUUUUGUUCUGUAUCAAUGGACGAGUCCCAGUCAUUCGUUCUAAAUGUUCCAUUGCCAUACUGGCUGGUAACGUUAUUUUCCCUUGCUUACUAGCUAGCCAACUACGGCUAACUUAAAGUCAAGUCAAAAAGUGCAGCCAGGGGCCUCCCGAGUGGCGCAGUGGUCUAAGGCUGCGUUACUACAUAUCCGGGUUCGAUACUGGGCUGUGUCGCAGCCGGCCGCGACCGGGAGACCCAUGAGGUGAUGCACAAUUGGCCCAGCGUCGUCCGGGUUAGGGGAGGGUUUGUCCGGCCGGGUUGUCCUUGUCCCAUCGCGCUCUAGCGACACCUGUGGCAUCGCGCUCUAGCGACUCCUGUGGCGGGCCGGGCGCAUGCACGCUGACACAGUCGCCAUUGGUGCGGUGGCUUCCGGGUUAAGCAUGCAUUGUGUCAAGAAGCAGUGCGGCUUGGCGGGGUUGUGUCGGAGGACGCACGGCUCUCGACCUUCGCCUCUCCCAAGUCCGUACGGGAGAUGCAGCGAUGGGACAAGAUUGUAACUACCAAUUGGAUAUGACAAAAAUGGGGUAAAAAAAGUAAAAGCAGCCAGAAUAACAGCAAAGUACCUGCAUUUGUUUAAGCUGUUUUCUAGUGACAUUUAUUUGGAUACAUUUAUAACAAUGAGCUAAUGAGUCGCAAUUUUGCCUGGCAUAGAAAAUGUGCUCACUCGUCAGGACACUGUUGUUCAGAAGAGCUAGCCAACAACACAGGUAACACAAUCACUUCAAACUGAAGCUGGAAAGACUGAAAACUAGCUGCACUUAAUUUAGUGUGACCUUUUUUCAAUAGACAUUUCUAUGUAUAUAGCCAUAAAAAUGAUGCCAGUUGAUUCAUGAUUUCGACUGGCUGAGAAACGCUGCCUGCCUGUCAGUCUUGUCCCGACUUGUUCAUUACUAUGGGACAGCUGGAGAUCGAAUUUGAAUAUUGAAACAAUGUUGCAAAUGUCGGAGAGACAGACAGCAAGGUAUAUACAAAUCUCCGCUGUUGAAAACUAAAUGUUAGUCUAAAAGAAAUGUGAGGUAAUGUCUAGAUGCUUUUUAUAGUGGAGAUCAAUUUAUAAAUUGCUUGGCUGGGCUGAUGAGACAGUGGAUUGCGCAGUCAGAUGUAACAGAGUAAAUAGGCAUUUUAACCUCAUAGAUUUAGCCGGUGGUAACUUGUGGAAUAGACACUGGCUGGAGUGCGGUUUUAACCAAUCAGCAUUCAGGAUUAGAACCACCCCAUUGUAUAAUUCCCUGUACGCACAGUAUAUCAGCACUGGUAGAAUUCAAUGGAUAUAAUUCAAUCUUGCAUGUUCAAUGUUUGAGCUGCUUUUGAAAUCAAAAGUCAAAUUGAAACAUUAUUGGCAUGGCUGAUUUCGAAUUUCAAAAAUAGCAAGCUAGGACUGAUGGUUUGGCUAGCUAAACUAGCAAGUCUGUUUGCUUGGUUACCAAGGCAACUACUACAGCUAUCUAGUGAACUUGAUAGCAAGGGAUAACGAACAUGGGACUCUAUGCACUCUUUGGAAAAUAAUGCAACUCCGUGGAAGGUAAGUUCCACUCUGCUAGUGCGUCGUGGAACACACCUUCCACAUGUUUAUAAUUUUCCAUAGAAUGCAUAGAUCCCCUUGUUGAUUAUCCCUUACAUAGUGCCAACAAUAGCUUACUGCUCCUCCAAAACAAAUUGUUCAAGUCAAACAAAAUGAAUGUGUUGAUAUGUACAGCCUAUAUUAUGCUGUAUCUUAGCAGUCUUGUGCAAUAUAAAACUAAAAAACAUUUAUAGCUGCAAUAUGUAACUUUUUGGCCAACCCAACCUAAUUCACAUUGAAUUUUGAGUUAUAGAUCGGUCCUUCUCAUUGAAAGCAAGUCUAAGAAGCGUUAGAUAUGUUCUAUGUGCACUAUUUCUAAUCUUCCCAUGCUUAAGUUUUGUUUUUGCGUCUUUUACUUUAGGCUUUGUACACAAGCUUCAAACAUACAAUAAUACAAUAUGUAUGGUUAUGGGAAAUUCACUGCUGUUUAUAUGGUACAAUGAUUGUUUUGUUACAUAAACUGAAACGAUUAGAAUUUUUGUGUGAUUUCUGCAUAGUGCAUCUUUAUCUGACAUUUGUCUGUCUACUCACUUUCAGUGAACGCUGUUGAGCAGAAGCACACGUUGUUUGGAAGACCAAAAAUGCUGCAACCCAGCGAUGACUACUGCUUACUGUAUCAUCAGGGCUUUGUCAACGGCUAUAGCAAAAAAAAACUCAUGCCAGUGUGGAACUCAUUCACUGUGGACAAACCUGUAAGAGUUCCAUGUCACUUCAUCUAAAGGCCAUCAUUUUUACAAAUCAGUGACUGAUCAAGUAUAAUUUGUUAGACUCAUUCAUUUGAACUCUCGGUUAAGUAUAACUUUGAUAUGUGAAUGUCAUGACACUUUCAUAUCCACAAGUCUUCACAUGAUCUAUUAUUUAGUCAAACAUAAGCUAUGAUGAGUUUAAACAAUGCCUCUCAGAUCAUCCACAGAAGCUAACUUUGAUUGAAUGACAACUAAAGGAAGGUUGGAAUGUAAAUUGACAUAUAAAGUACAGGGGUCAUCCUUGUCAAAAUGUAUUGGAGAAGAUCCAGGGUUGCUCUUUAGGUAUUGUCUUCUUCAAUGUUCCCCUUGCUUCCCUUGGAUGUUUUGAAAAUGAUGUGGAGAGUGGAUGUGAGGAAUGCAAGAAGGAGUUUUGUCAUGAAUCAUAAAUAUGAUUUCCAUCUCUUUGUCACCCUCUGUAGGAAGACAUGGACCCUUUGCCAGGAGUCACACCAGACUGUCUGAGGGCUGAUGUUCGCAUCCCGGCUGAUAAAAGUCCCAGAUGUGACCAGUAUGCUCCAGCUGGGAACAUUACCCAUGGUUUCCUCUACCCUCCCAGUACGUGGGAUGAUUUUACGUCUAUCCUUCCAAAGACACUAGUCUUAAGCAAACAGAAUAAGGCUGAAACAACAAAAGAGUCUAACUCCCAUCCCCAUAACUUUGCUUUUGUUUUUCUAACUUUGUUUGUCUAUGUAAUUUAAUUAGCGGACACUCAUAACCAGAGAGAUGUGCUGUAUGUGAUGUAAUAGUAGAAUGUACGUCAAAAGGAAACUGUCGCUAAUCUAGUUGCCUCCUCACUAAAAUAAUAAUGUAAUUCUCCCCCCAGGCAUCCUGCUGUCGAAAUAAUGAAGAAGUUAGUCUUAUUGAAGUAUCUCGUUGUUUGUGUUAUUUCUUAUAUGACGUCCAGAUCUCAACAAGACAGCAGAGGAGGAGUAUGAUGGCCUGUUGAUGAGCAAUGUUGUACCCAUGUAUCCUGAGUUCAAGAGUACGUACACUCUUCACAGUCUGAGACAGCUCUCUCUUGAUUCCUUUUAACCCAUUUUUUCCUCUCUUGUUCACUCACUGUACUCUAAUUCAGCUUGUCUCUCUACUUCUCUCCCUUACUCACUCCCUCACGUCUCCUACAUGUUGUAUGAUGAAAUCUUUAUUUAUUUAAAAUUAUUAUUAUUAUUAUGUACUUUUUUUAUUUUGUGAUUAAAUUUGUAUUUAGUUUUUCACACAACAUAAAAUAAGAACAUCAACAAACAAAACAGACACAACAAACACAGUCAACACCACACAAUGUCAUAUAAGUAGCUCCAGCUCAUGAUAAAUAGAAAAAUUAAAAUAGAUCAAAUCUUUAUUAAUGCGCAUCUCUUUAUUUUCAUAGAGAUAUGGGAUUACUUCCAGACUACAUUGCUGAAAAAAUAUGCCAGUCAAUAUAAUGGCAUUAAUGUGGUGACAGGCCCAGCAUUUGACUACAACUACGAUGGACAGUUUGAUUCUCAAGACCAGAUACAACAGUAUGUGAGCUCUUCUCUAUUAUACAAAACAGGGCCAAUUGUGUGUUCUAACAUGGGGAACAUGCCAUGGAGCAGAGCGGAAGCAAAGUUUAUAAAUCUCACAAAAGGCAAUCAUGAAACACGUAGUGUAGCAGAGCGCUAUCAGUGGGGCACAGAGGAUUGCAGCGAUGCCAGAUAGUUGUCUUAACCAGUGUUUUAUUUCUUGUUUUCAUUAAGGUUUGUAACAGGUACACAGAUUCCAAUCCCAACCCAUUACUUUGCAGUACUCACGAGCUGUAAGGACUCACAACCAGUGAGCAGCUGUAACAAUGAGCUACAGACCAUUUCCUUCUUGAUGCCACACAAAGCGGACAACUCAGAGAGCUGUAAUGUAAGGCAACCAUAUCACCUCCAAAGCACUGGACACUUUUUUGUAAAAAUAAUAACAAAAAAACAAGAAAAACUGGACAGGUCUAAGUACUUGAAUUGCAAGUACAGAAAGUUCUGGAAUGAUGUACAUUCUGUACUCUCUUUCUCCUACCACUGACAAACACAUAGGGAAAUGCAAAAAAAAAGAAAGUAUUUUAACGUUGAGAAAACACCUAUAAUUUCAUGUGUUUUGAAGACACCUUUUGCAUGACCCUUUCCAAACACCUGGCAACUAUCAUUAUUGGUGGGAAACCCCUGGUUCGCACCUUGAUGUGGAUUGUGUUUAGUGUGUAGUCCAGAUUGCAUUAGAGUUUAGGCCGGUGGAGCUGUUACGGUUUGUUGCUCCUACUUCACUGUAUUAGUCAGCAGGGACGGCUUGUUCAAUAGGGCGAUAUGGGCGACGCACUGCCAAACGGGAAAAGGAAGGGAUUUUUUUUCUAAUCAAUUAUAAAAAAAAAAAAAUAAAAAAAAAUUAUAAUUUUUUUUUAAUAAAUUUAUAAAAAAUUAUAUCACGGCAACAGCAGUUAUCAGUGUUCACGUCUGAUCUGACAGCCACUAAAUGUCAAAUCAGGCUAAAGUCGUGCUUCAAAUGGCCCCGCCCGUUUUUUGGGCGAUUUCAGUCAGGUUGAAAAUCGCCCAGAAGUCUCUCAUAGCCUGUCAUGUAAAAUCUAUUUUUUUCACAUUUCAAAGCUUUCAAUACAUUCUCUAUGGGUGUCUGUGGGCUUGCACUUACGCGCUUUCGUCAUACAUAACGUAACCACGAAUGAACGUAACUAAGAAAAGACCAGGUAGCAGCCUCAAUCAAUUCACUACUACUAUCAAAAUGGCUAGGCUUCAGUCCAACUCGAUUGUGUCUUUGAAAGAAGUUCCUUUUUGUCGGCGAACAAAUUAAGAUAAAUUGGCAACGAAACAAUUAGGACCUCCCAGACCAAAUUUAAUAAUUCAACAGGUUUCUACUAAAGGCGGAAAGUCCUACACCUGAGGAUUUUCUAAAAAUUGGUACGAACGAAAAAAGACAUUGCCACUCACUCAACUGGAUGACGAGGGAUACAGGCUAGCUGUCCGCCGCCACAACGAUGAGGUUAGUGUUGAUAAUCACAAGUUUACUGGAUGUGGAUAUGGUGUAAUAAAGGCAGUUUAUUCAGAGGUAAAUAUAUCUGGAAUCGCGUUCACGGACCCGUUCGUCAAACUCUUAGGGAGCUAUAAAUUAAGCCCCAUUACUUACCAUAUCAGAUAAGAGAAAUUGCUGCAGCUACAUAUAUUUUACAUCCUGGCCCUACAUAGUUCACUAUUUGCAUCACUUACCAAAAUAUUACAUGUGGUCAUAUAUGCUUGGAAAGUGGAGAUGCCAUAGAACGUCAAAAAAGUAAACAUUGCUGGAGACACAUUGUCGUUUUGGAGAAGACAUCGCGUUUGCUAGCGAAGAGAUUUGUUGUGGCAAAUGAACUUGGCCUGGGAAUUGCCAGGAACCUCACGAUAAGAUAUAUGCAUCAGCAUUGCGAGUCUCAUGAUUCUAUACGUAUUGCGAUUCGAUACUGUGAUUUUAUUGCGCACCAUAUGUCUGUUGCAGAGGGAUCAGAAAGCCAUGAGAACGAGUUUUGAUCAGUCAUGGAAAUAAAAGUGCUGAAAACUAAUUGGCUCCCAAUGUGAAAAGAUUGAGAACAAGCUAUGAAGGAACAAUAAUGGUGUUUUGGUGCAGGUACAGCCAACUAGCGCUAAAAUAUUGCGAUAUUGUCAAUACAGUAUAUCGUAAAGUAUCACUAUGUAACUCGAUUUCUUUCACCCCAAUCCCUCAAAUUAACGGUAAAUAACUGAAUUGUUUGCCCCACAUUUAGCUAAGAUGAUUAGCUAGCCAGCUAAAAUGUUUUAUUUAGUUAGCAGUCGCAUCUACAAUAGUUUACUGUCAAUAACAUGUCUCCAAAAAUGACGUGGUGUCUCCAAUUGUGUUGACAUUUUACAAUUGCAAUGCGCAUCCAUGAGUAUCCACUUUCUGUAGCUCAGCUGGUAGAGCAUGGUGCUUGUAACGCCAAGGUAGUGGGUUCGAUCCCCGGGACCACCCAUACACAAAAAUGUAUGCACGCAUGACUGUAAGUCGCUUUGGAUAAAAAGCGUCUGCUAAAUGGCAUAUUAUUAUUAUUAUUAUUAUUAUCUGAAGAGAGCCCCGAAACAUUGUGUGCAGACAUUUUAUGUAAUAAAUGAAGUAGGUUCAAUCUAGUAGUUCUGAUCUUCUGAUUGGUCCUGAUGAGUUGGGCGAGGUCACCUCCAGGCUACUGUCACUGUUGCAUUGGCUCUGAGUCGGGUUCUCUGUCUUCAAAUGUUCAGCCUAAGAGAGGGGAUUUUUGUGUGUGUGUGUGUGUGUGUGUUUAACAGUGAUGAUGUGUGUGUGUGUGUGUGUGUGUGUGUGUGUGUGUGUGUGUGUUUAACAGUGAUGAUGUGUGUUUGUGUGUGUGUGUGUCCUCAGAGCAAGAACUCGUGAGUUGGAAGAACUGAGAGGCCUAUGGCGUGGGUGUUGUCCUUGGCCACCUGCUGACAAGGCUGACAAGAUAGGACCCUUUUGUCCAUUGUUAUUGGAUAGGAACAGAACUUAUAACCAGCUCCUGACCUAAAUAGAUCUUAGCACAACAUUUUACUCAACAUAUCAUAUUCCAUAUUCACUAUAACAAAUAUAUUUACUACGACAUUAGCAAGAACCGCCACAUCCUCAGCCGGCUAAUCCAGUGUGUGAAGUUUUGCGGAGUGUUUGAGUUAGCUUUGCGAGGCAAAGAUGAAACUGAGGGCUCCACCAACCCUGGUAAGCCAACACUUUUGAGAUCAGUCAAUAAAUGCUUCUGGUAUUGACUUAUAUGCUGCCCCUGUCUUCAUGUUGUUGCUGGACAUAUCUUUUUUUUAAAUGUGUGUAGGUCACCUAAAUCAUCAGAAAAAUUGCCCCUCCUGAGAAUUUUUUCAGGAGCCGCCACUGUUAGUCAGACUCAGACAUGAGUUAGCUACCACCAUAGUUGCAUCCAUUAUUUAAUUUUGCCCUAGACAAUACAGAAUACACUUAUAUGAGCUACAAACUAACUUGCAAAUCUGACUAGUAGGCUAAUGUUAGCUAGCUGUAGCUAGCUAGCCUACCUCACUAGCAUUAUCAAAUUAUAAUAAUACAUAACCAGUAUCUAGACAAUACACUUGUAUAAGCUACGACCUAACUAAUUUGUAAUGAGGUAGCUAGCUAGUUAUCUAGCUAGCUAGCUAGCCAAGCUAACAUUAGCUAAAAAGUUAGCUAGCCUGCCUUGCUAGCUAACGUUAGCUAGCCUGCCUUCGAGCUUGGCAAAAGGGGGCAUGGUUUGUUGACAUAAUUGUAAUCCAAACCCAACCUUCAUUUACUCGUUGUGACGCACUGAAGUUCCAAACUCCAUUUUAGACGAGUCUGACUUUAUGACCAAAAGUAUCCUAUUUUCUCUUUUUCCUACCACUGACAAACACAUUGGGAAAUGCAAAAAAGUGUUAUAACGUUGAGAAAACACCUGUAAUUUCAUGUGUUUUGAAGACAGUCAUCUUUUGCAUGGCUCUUUCCCAACACCUGGCAACUAUCACGAUGUUUUGGUGGAAAACCCCUGGUUCGCACCUUGAUCACAUUGUUUUUUUCUGUACCUCUGUCUUGUUGUGUCAACACGUAAGUAGUGAUAAUUACGGUCUGUGACACUGAUUCACUUGUUUUUAUACUUCCAUAGAAUGGUGACACGGCAUCUCUAUGGGUUGAAGACCACCUGUGGUUCCACCAAUCACGUGUCAGAGAUGUAGAGUGGCUCACAGGAUUGGAUUUCUAUCAAGGCAGCACCAGGCCUAUCCCAGAACUUCUAAAAGUAAAGACUCGCCCAACUGCUGUCAUUCACAGAAGGCCUUGAAAUGAAUUAUCUUUUGAAAUAUACAUGUAUUGGUAGAGGUAUUUGAUCAUUAUAAAAGCUGCAAUUUUAUUAAGUUGGUCUAGUGUGGGUAUUUAUCCACUUGUUAAUAAAUAUUUCAUGAUUCAAAUCAAUGCAGGGAGGUAUGCAAAUGUCAUGAAAAUGUAGAAUGCUUCUGUAGAGCACAAUAACCACAGAAGUAUUUUCCAACUUUAAAUUCCUGUGCAGAAAUUAUCCCCUAAUCUUCUGACUUCCACAGAAAGACCUGUUUGAAAAUUACAGGAAACAUAUCAGCUCAAUGAUCAUGUAUAAUGCAAUAUUUCCACCCAGCCAAACCCUCACAUGGCAUUACUGUUAUCUGCUGGCAUAGAGACAGCAAUGCUGUAGAAUACAUGUUGACUUCUUCCUCUUUUUUAUUUGUUGAACAUGUUAAUAAUGCAUCAUGAUUUAUAUGUAAUAGUGCAAAAUGUCUUUAUGAACAGUUAUGGUUCUUCCAAGUAAUGAGCAUUUGGCCUUAUGUCCCAGUCAGUCUGGUGUGUAAAAAACUGUGCAAUAGCAUUGAGUGGAUGAUUGGGUAUUGUAAGUGCAGUGUAACAUAUUGACUAUUCUAAUUCUGAUGAACAUUACAAAGGAGGAUAUGAUGGCAAAAUAUAGAUUUGACUUUUUAUUCCUGAUAUCUAAUUUCCAGAAAAUAAAUUGUCCCAAUGUACUUUAUGCCCAUGUAAAAGGCUGAGCAAUGUAUUGUAUCCAUUUAUCACCAUUCAUAGUCAUGGGUUUUUAAUGACUCAAUUACCGUGGAAAGGGGUCUGUCAGGAGAAUUUCCUUCCAAUAUUGUGAAUAGUAGAUUUCUGUGGUGUAAGUGAACCGACUGUAUACAGAAUAGUCUACAAAGUCUGCAAUGCUAUAUGUGAACUGAAAGACAAUUACAUAAAGUUCCCUGAUGCUGCUGCCCAAGCAAACUACAAGGUAGAGUUACAGUGGCUUGCGAAAGUAUUCACCCCCCUUGGCAUUUUUCCUAUUUUGUUGCCUUACAACCUGGAAUUAAAAUUGAUUUUUUGGGGGUUUGUAUCAUUUGAUUUACACAACAUGCCUACCACUUUGAAGAUGCAAAAUAUAUUUUGUUUGUGAAACAAACAAGAAAUAAGACAAAAAAACAGAACUUGAGCGUGCAUAACUAUUCACCCCCUCAAAGUCAAUACCUUGUAGAGCCACCUUUUGCAGCAAUUACAGCUGCAAGUCUCUUGGGGUAUGUCUCUAUAAGCUUGGCACAUCUAGCCACUGGGAUUUUUGCACAUUCUUCAAGGCAAAACUGCUCCAGCUCCUUCAAGUUGGAUGGGUUCCGCUGGUGUACAGCAAUCUUUAAGUCAUACCACAAAUUCUCAAUUGGAUUGAGGUCUGGGCUUUGACUAGGCCAUUCCAAGACAUUUAAAUGUUUCCCCUUAAACCACUCGAGUGUUGCUUUAGCAGUAUGCUUAGGGUCAUUGUCCUGCUGGAAGGUGAACCUCCAUCCCAGUCUCAAAUCUCUGGAAGACUGAAACAGGUUUCCCCUCAAGAAUUUCCUUGUAUUUAGCGCCAUCCAUCAUUCCUUCAAUUCUGACCAGCUUCCCAGUCCCUGCCGAUGAAAAACAUCCCCACAGCAUGAUGCUGUCACCACCAUGUUUCACUGUGGGGAUAGUGUUCUCGGGGUGAUGAGAGGUGUUGGGUUUGCGCCAGACAUAGCGUUUUCCUUGAUGGCCAAAAAGCUCAAUUUUAGUCUCAUCUGACCAGAGUACCUUCUUCCAUAUGUUUGGGGAGUCUCCCACAUGCCUUUUGGCAAACACCAAACGUGUUUGCUUAUUUUUUUCUUUAAGCAAUGGCUUUUUUCUGGCCACUCUUCCGUAAAGCCCAGCUCUGUGGAGUGUACGGCUUAAAGUGGUCCUAUGGACAGAUACUCCAAUCUCUGCUGUGGAGCUUUGCAGCUCCUUCAGGGUUAUCUUUGGUCUCUUUGUUGCCUCUCUGAUUAAUGCCCUCCUUGCCUGGUCCGUGAGUUUUGGUGGGCGGCCCUCUCUUGGCAGGUUUGUUGUGGUGCCAAAUUCUUUCCAUUUUUUAAUAAUGGAUUUAAUGGUGCUCCGUGGGAUGUUUCUGAUAUGUUUUUACAGUGAGGGAAAAAGGUAUUUGAUCCCCUGCUGAUUUUGUACGUUUGCCCACUGACAAAGAAAUGAUCAGUCUAUAAUUUUAAUGGUAGGUUUAUUUGAACAGUGAGAGACAGAAUAACAACAACAAAAUCCAGAAAAACGCAUGUAAAAAAUGUCAGAUUCCAAACUCUCCACCAUGGCCAAGACCAAAGAGCUCUCCAAGGAUGUCAGGGACAAUAUUGUAGACCUACACAAGGCUGGAAUGGGCUACAAGACCAUCGGCAAGCAGCUUGGUGAGAAGGUGACAACAGUUGGUGUGAUUAUUCUCAAAUGGAAGAAACACAAAAUAACUGUCAAUCUCCCUCGGCCUGGGGCUCCUUGCAAGAUCUCACCUUGAGGAGUUGCAAUGAUCAUGAGAACGGUGAGGAAUCAGCCCAGAACUACACUGGAGGAUCUUGUCAAUGAUCCUCAAGGCAGCUGGGACCAUAGUCAUCAAGAAAACAAUUGGUAACACACUACGCCAUGAAGGACUGAAAUCCUGCAGCGCCCGCAAUGUCCCCCUGCUCAAGAAAGCACAUAUACAUGCCAAUGAACAUCUGAAUGAUUCAGAGGAGAACUGGGUGAAAGUGUUGUGGUCAGAUGAGACCAAAACUCAACUCGCCAUGUUUGGAGGAGGAGAAAUGCUGCCUAUGACCCCAAGAACACCAUCCCCACCGUCAAACAUGGAGGUGGAAACAUUAUGCUUUGGGGGUGUUUUUCUGCUAAGGGGACAGGACAACUUCACCGCAUCAAAGGGACGAUGGACGGGGCCAUGUACUGUCAAAUCUUGGGUGAGAACCUCCUUCCCUCAGCCAGGGCAUUGAAAAUGGGCCGUGGAUGGGUAUUCCAGCAUGACAAUGACCCCAAACACACGGCUCAAGAAGAAGCACAUUAAGGUCCUGGAGUGGCCUAGCCAGUCUCCAGACCUUAAUCUCAUAGAAAAUCUGUGGAGGGAGCUGAAGGUUCGAGUUGCCAAACGUCAGCCUCGAAACCUUAAUGACUUGGAGAAGAUCUGCAAAGAGGAGUGUGACGUGAGAUGUGUGCAAACCUGGUGGCCAACUACAAUAAACGUCUGACCUCUGUGAUUGCCAACAAGGGUUUUGCCACCAAGUACUAAGUCAUGUUUUGCAGAGGGGUCAAAUACUUAUUUCCCUCAUUAAAAUGCAAAUCAAUUUAUAACAUUUUUUACAUGCAUUUUUCAGGAUUUUUUUGUUGUUAUUCUGUCUCUCACUGUUCAAAUAAACCUACCAUUAAAAUUAUAGACUGAUCAUUUCUUUGUCAGUGGGCAAACGUACAAAAUCAGCAGGGGAUCAAAUACUUUUUUCCCUCACUGUAUAACCCAACCCUGAUCUGUACUUCUCCACAACUUUGUCCCUGACCUGUUUGGAGAGCUCCUUGGUCUUCAUGGUGCCGCUUGCUUGGUGAUGCCCCUUGCUUAGUGGUGUUGCAGACUCUGGGGCCUUUCAGAACAGGUGUAUAUAUACUGAGAUCAUGUGACAGAUCAUGUGACACUUAGAUUGCACACAGAUGGGUUUUAAGUCACUCUGGAUAAGAGCGUCUGCUAAAUGACGUAAAUGUAAAUGUAAAUGUUUUAUUUAUCUAAUUAUGUGACUUCUGAAGGUAAUUGGUUGCACCAGAUAUUAUUUAGGGGCUUCAUAGCAAAGGGGGUGAAUACAUAUGCACGCACCACAUUUCCGUUAUAAAUUUUUUAGAAUUUGUUGAAACAAGUUAUUUUUUUCAUUUCACUUCACCAAUUUGGACUAUUUUGUGUAUGUCCAUUACAUGAAAUCCAAAUAAAAAUCCAUUUAAAUUACAGGUUGUAAUACAACAAAAUAGGAAAAACGCCAAGGGGGAUGAAUACUUUUGCAAGGCACUGGCUGAUAGAUGGAUGUCAUAUUCCCAUCAAGUGUCCCUCUACAGCAGAUACUGAGGAGUACAGGAACCAUUAAAUCUGGUCAUCAAUAAAUGUAGAAAGUGUGUGCACUCUCAAUUUGCAGAUCUCCAAUAUUGUUGCACGUUGGAAAGGUGCAACUCAUGACUCAAGGACUUUCCAAAACUCGUCUUUGUAUGCUCAGCUUGAAGGAGGAUAACAUAGUGGAGUCAUACUUGGUGACGUUGGGUAUGUACAGACCAACUUCUUGUUCACCCCCUAUCUUCAUGCAAUAGGACCUGAGCAACAACGGUACAACCAAGCUCAUAUCCGCACCAGAGGUGUAGUGGAGCUCAUGUUUGGUGUAUGGAAGAGUCGUAUCCAGUGUAUCAGGAACACAUUGCACUUUCCACCAAGAAGAUGCUGCAUUGUCUUAAUUGCAACAGCAGUGCUUCACAAUUACCUCAAACAGCAUGGCUGCCCAGAUCCUCGUAUUGAAGAUGAGGAAGACCCAGAUGUUCCCAUGGUUGACAGAUAUGGACUGGCCUGCAGAGAUGUUUUUGCUAUGCAGCACUUCUCACAACAAAGAUAGCUCAAGUGAUUGAAGCGAACAAUAGCCAUGGAUUGGUAACAAUAAGGUUUUUAAUUCACAAAUGGAAAUAUUGGGACCCCGAACUGGUGCUGGUUUGAGUAGAACAUUGGUACUGCUGCUGCUUCCUGUUUCUCUCCUCCUCCUUCAUAGCCAACUCAACAUGAAGGAUUUGCAUCUUCAUGUUCUUCUUUUAAAUAGAUUAGUUUGCAUUCAUGAAAUUCCAUGGCCUCUUUGUCAUGCAUGCUCAGCCUAUUUGUCUUUGUUCUCCGGCCCCGGUUAGUGACACAAUCUUCCCUCCUGACUGCUGAUGAUGUAGCGGGCUGACCUUCAUCCUAUCUCAUACCCUCCAAGCUAUGGUGAUCAUCUGCCUCUAGAAAAUGAUUACAUUGCUGCAAUAGUGAACAUCAUUUUUUCAAGAGUUUAGUUCAUUACAUAAUUGUAUUAUGGGAGUGCAAGAGAUGACUGACAACAUUACACAUUCCCUGCAGUCCGGGGAUUGCACAUAUUGAAUGAAUGUUUCCUACCAAAUGAGGAUUGGAACGGUCCCCCAUCUGACCUGUCCAAAUGGUCAUCAUCGGGGAUACCUUCCAGGGGUUGCUGGCUAUCAUUGAUCCUGAUCAACAAGUCCCCCAGCUCAUCGGUCUCUGGUCUUACUGGGGGCUGCCACCAGUUCAGAAGAAACAGACAAUGAUUCUACUGAAAGUCAGUUAUUUAUUUGGAAAAUGUUUGAGGGAGAAAAUAACUUCCAAUACAUUUCCAUAUCCUUUAGAUGACAAUUACCAGAGUGAUUUCCAUUAAUCUUGAUAAUUAUACUGAACGAAAUUGUUGGUCCCAGAAAUUUUCCAUACGCACAGUAUUUUUGAAUAAACACAGGGUUGGCUUUCUUUGGAAUAGAUAUGUGCGUCUUUCGCUUACAAGGCAAUGAGGGCUGACAUUAUUUUAGAAAGAAAACAUAUGCUGUAUGGGGAAUCCAGCCAAUCACCGCUCGAAAGGGUGAAUCACCACAGGGUGAGAUCUCCUCAAUCACAUAGAACCAAGGUUGCAUUAGUAACCCAUAUAUUGUGGUUGAAUGUUAUUCUCAUGGUUGCUUGUGUUAUUAUUCGGGUUUAAAGUUCCAUUAUGUUCCAGGAAUUCUUUGAUGUCUGACUGGCUCUCUGAUUCACAUCAGUUGGACCUAAGAUCUGGGAAACUCUCCAGGGCCAGGGUUGGGACACGCACGCACACACACACACACACACUUUGCUAAUUCAGUGCGUCUCUGUUGGCAAUUAAAUGAGCUGCACCAGAUGGUCACAAAGCAACAACGGUCUUCUGAGAAUAUCAGCACAAGAACUCUCCUUUUAUUAUUUUUUUUUUCUCCUCUUCAAA